CAUACUGCUCUCCUCCUCAUCUAUGCUCUCCGUAUCUGUUUUUCCUUCUCUUCUUCUUUUUCUUUCCCUCUUAUUUUUCUAGUUCCUAACUGUCCCUCUUGUUCUGCAUGUCUUCCUGCUUCUUCGCUCUACGGAAGAAAAGAGAGGAGAUGGGAUAAUUGUUAGUCGCUGGUUGGCUUUGUGUAAACGAGAAUACAAAUCUACUACUGUAUUUCUCUUCUUCUCCUUCUUUUUACGCCAGUACUCUGGCAUUAUAUUCUGUGUAAUAAACUUCUGGCAAGCAUGUUUACACGCUAUCCCCUCUCUCUUAUCGACUACAAUGAUUGUAGAUAUAGUAAGAAACGUAGGGACGCACUAGUUGCUCAUGCGGUUAGCGUCUACCGAUUGGUUAUCCAUCCCAUCCUCUACAGUCUACGCCUACUUCCCACCAGCUUUACCUUGUUACUCACAAUUGCCAGGGUAGAACAUCUUCUCCAUCCUGUACAUGUUAUAUGCGGCGAUCUCCGGUCAUGGAGGAUAGCUCGGCUGUUCCUGCACAUCAUGAACCGGCACCGACGCGCGCAACCAGAUCCCAAUACCUCGGCGCCCGAAUCCUGGACUUUCUACACUGAUUGACAAAGUACCAUCCUAUUGAAGCAAUCGAAAUAGCCUUGCCUCUGGACGAUCAAGACAGCCAUACCCUCUACAGCUUCCAGUUUGCCUCCUCAUUUCCGAAGGUCGAUGCAUCCUACACGACCUUCCCGAAGAGGAUGGUGCAAAGAUGCCAUCUCGGCAAACCCGCGCCUCGCUCAUCCAACCAGCAGCAGCACGCGUAUCAGCCACGGCCCUUUGCCAAGCUACACCAUCACUCGUCUUCUUGUCGCGAUCUGACCCUGAGGCUCUGAGCAGCACCGCAUUGGCAUGCCUAAGAUUGCCUCCGAGCUUCGCCUCCAUCCAUCGCAUUGCAUGGCGUGAACUACCCGAUGUAUAAGACCUGGGGGGUUCCCCUCCCCCGGACCUCCAACGGAGAGAGUAGGACAUCCAGCCCUCGCCAAUCAUUCUGUGAACCAUCAUGUCUUCUUCGUCUCUCGUUCGAUUGUGCAGUCUCGCGGCAACCGUAGCCGUCUCGUCUGCCUUGACCAUUGCAGAGAUCAAUGGUGACAAGUAUCUCUCACCUUACAAUGGGCAGACUGUAUCCAAUGUCUCAGGCAUCGUCACGGCGAAAGGUCCCGAUGGCCUUUGGUUGCGCUCCGACGCAGAGCGCCGCCAGAACUUCACAACUUCAGAAUCCAUCUACGUCUUCGGUCGCGCAUUCGCUACAAACCUAACUGUGGGGGAUGCCAUUGUUGUUGGAGGUCAGGUCCAGGAAUACCGUUCCAACAAGGAUUACGUCUACUUAACCGAACUGUCCAGCCCCGUACUCCAGUCUAAAGGGUCGAGCGGAAACAACGUGGAGCCCCUCAUCAUUGGAGAAGAUACCGCUCAACCCCCAAGUGAGCAGUACAGCAGCUUGGAUGGAGGCGAUGUGUUUGCCGUCCCCAAUAACGUCUCGCUUGUCUCCGUGGCCAAUCCCGUUCUGAACCCCAAGCAAUAUGGAAUGGACUUUUGGGAGAGUUUGAGUGGUGAAUUGGUCAAAGUCAGAAAGCCAACGGCUAUUUCCAAGGCUAACAACUUCGGCGAUACGUGGGUUUAUGGUGACUGGGAGGUGACUGGGAAGAAUAGCCGUGCUGGCUUGACAACUGUCGACAAAGAUGCCAAUCCUGAAGCCAUCAUCAUCGGCUCGCCUCUGGAUGGAACUAAGAACCCGAAUGCUACCAAAUUGGGCGAUGAGCUCGAGGAAAUCACUGGAGUCGUCACAUACGCCUUCGGAUUCUAUCGCAUCCUCCCGACCACUGCUAUCACGGUGAAGAACUCCCAGGAACCCGCCCUUCCCUCAGCUACGAAGCUCAUCUCCGAGGGCAAGUGCAAUGGUCUCACUUUCGGCGCAUACAAUGUGGAGAACCUGUUCGCGGAGAGUGCCCAUCUUCCUACCAUCGCCUCUCACAUCGUGGAGUACCUCAACGCCCCCGACUUCAUGUUCCUGCAAGAAGUCCAGGAUGACAAUGGUCCCACUAAUGACGAUGUCGUGUCCGCCAACCUCACCCUCUCUGCCCUUACCGCCGCCAUCGCCGCAGCUGGAGGUCCAAACUACACAUUCACUGACAUUGCCCCGACGAAAAACCAGGAUGGCGGUGCACCAGGUGGUAACAUCCGAACAGCAUACUUGUACGACCCGUCCCUGAUCCGUCUUUCCAAGCCCAACCCCGGCACCAGCGUUGAUGCCAGUGAAGUACUCCCCGGCCCUACCCUCAAGUAUAACCCCGGCCGCAUCGAUCCUACGAAUGAAGCGUGGACCGCGAGCCGCAAGCCACUCGUCGCGCAGUGGGAACUCAUUGGCACGAACGGCACAGGCCAGCACACAUUUUUCACCGUCAACGUGCACUUCGGAUCAAAGGGUGGCAGCAGCAGUAUCCAGGGCGACGCUAGGCCUCCCGCGAACGGUGGUGUAGAGGACCGUCAAGCGCAGGCCGAGCUCACUGCCAACUUUGUCAAGUCCAUCCUCGACAUCGACCCCUCAGCCCGCAUCAUCACCGCCGGCGACUUCAACGAGUUCGCCUUUGUGAAACCAAUGACCGACUACGUCGCCCUCUCGGGCCUUCAGGACCUCGACCAAGUCGCCGGAAUCGAUCAACUGGAGCGCUACACGUACCUCUUCGACAUGAACUCCCAGCAGCUCGACCACAUGUACGUCUCGCCCGCCAUCGCCGAAGCACAAACCAAGGCACAGUACGAACACAUCCACAUCAACACGUGGCCGGAUAAGGCGGGCGAGACUAGCGACCACGAUCCUAGUGUUGCCAAGUUGGAUGUUUGUGCGCCUGCUGCUGCUGCUGCUUCGUACCGUGUGUAGAGGAUAUUUGAUCCCCAUAGUUAUUAUCUAUUUUCAACUGUGAGUGUGAGAGAGAAGGGGGGAUGGGAGUCUUCUUGUACAUAUUUACACGAUGAUGAAAAACAAAAAAAGAAAACGAGAAAAUUGAAAAAGUUCAAAAAACAAAACUAUUGUCUGCUUCUACUGCUGUAUAUCGUGAUGUGACGAACAGCUAGCAAGCUAAUUCUGUUUAUUUUUUUUUCUUUUACGUGUUUGGAAAAAGUUGGGUCUUACUGUUGAUGCAACGUUGAGGGUGGAAGAAAAACGCUACAUCACAAUCCGAGAAAAAAGAAGAAGAAGAAGAAGAAGAAGACAAGUCAAGUUCUUUUAACUUACCUAUUUAAGCGCUGCAUAGCUUCUACCUAAGCAUCUAUACACACAAUUGCGCACACACACACAUGCUCUAUAUCCCCCACAGCAAAAUCCCUCUACACAGCAUUCUCGAGUUACAAUAACAUGAACCAGAUCAAGAUAAGACAAACAACUCAAAUUUCC